AGUCUCAUGUCCACUCGGUACCGCGUUCAGGUGUAUUGCAAUCGCCAUGCAUUAGUCAUUCUUUACCUUCGAUAGAAGUUCGUUCGCGCGGCUAUUCCGUGUAUCGCGUUCGAGGCUGAAGGUCUCCGGUGUUGCCUUUUCCUCGCCUUCAUAACAACAAACUUGUCCACAACAAUGAGGAAGUUCAGCGUCGAUAGUGGAAAAGUGAAAAUGGAGAAAUAGUUUCGUUGCUUUCCGUUUCGGACCCACGAUCAUACGGCAAAAAUGCAGCAGCAUAAUCACCGACCUGAUAUACUCGUAGUUUGAGCGAUAACGAAAACAAGUGACGAGCAGUAGUGCCUUUAGUUUCCGUGCCAUCCGUUCCGAGUUGUGCAACUUCGUGAUCACGAGUGAAAAACAAUCUCUGCAGUGAGAUGCACGAAUCUAAUCGGGAGGUUCUCCGUUAUAUUCCCUUGUUGGAAAAAUAUUCUAGAGACUUUUGCAUGAUUGUCGCUAAUUAUUGCUAAUAAUGAGUAAACCGUACGCGACCAAGACGAAUCGCAUUUCACGCGACAGUGGCAUUUGUGUGGAAGACGGCAGCCCGAGCGAAUCGCCCCGCAACAGUUACGAUCCGAGUGAAAGUGCACCGAAAAAGCGUUUUCCAGCCGGGGGUGGAAAAACCGCGCGUAUUCGUGUGCAGUCCUCUUACGUUCGUCAGUUGGCGCGACACUUCGAAAAUCUGUGCAGUCACGAUGAAAGAGAUCACGGCAGCAGCAGCAGCAUACCGACCUCAUCCUCCCCCGACCGAACUGUUUAUCACUCCGACUGGAAUCUAAGCACGACCCCGUCGCAAGUGUUACAACAAGCGGAAGCCAAACAACAAGUGCCAAGUGUUAAUGAGUGUGAUAAAAACAAAGCUAAAAUGGAUGACGCAGUUCAAGUGAUUGAGAGUAUUUACGAGGAAAUUAUUGUGGGAAAGAAAAUUUCGGGAAAAUUCGCUAUCAACGAUCACAUUCGUCCACCCUCGGAUUGUUACAUGGGCCAAAGCGAGGAUCACCUUGUGGAGGACGAAACUGAUAAUAACAAUCCAUGCUCAGGCGAUAAGAUACCAGUCGGGGAUUUCGAAAGUGAAUCAAUCAGGACGCUUGACUUUGCGGAAGAAGUCUCGGAAAACUCUGUCGUUACGGAAGCACGGAACACGCUCAUCUCACAGGAAUCCACAGACCAUGAUCACUACUGCGAUGAUGAUGAGUUUAGUGAUACCGACUCGUUCGACUCCACAGAUGACGAGGAACACGCAUUAAACAAUUCCAGGCCAGACUCAAAUUCAUCAAUCAAAUCAGAACGUAUCACCAGCAUCAUGAAAGAAUUGUUGGAGAAUGAAGAAAACUACGUACAAACACUCAGGAAAGGUAUUGAAGAUUACAUGAAUGUAAUGAAUCAAAAAGACCUGCCUUUGGGACUGAAAGGACAGCGUUAUCACAUAUUCGGUAACAUUGAAAGUAUCUACGAACUGCACAAAGAUAAGUUCCUACCAAAACUUCGCGAAAACCGUGCCAGCAUCCAAGGGAUAGCGGAAACCUUUAUCAAGUUUAUCGAGGAUGACCGAUUCUACUGUUACAUUCUGUUCGCCUUGAAUCGACCCAAAUCCGAGAAAAUUUGCAACAAGAACUUAGAUUUUUUCCAGGAGAUACAAAAUGUGGUUGGUGAUAAGUUGGGUCUAAACAGCUUUCUACUGCAGCCAAUUCAACGAUUACCGAGGUACAAAUUGCUUCUUGCGGAGAUAAAUAAAGAAGUUCUGAAACUCAUAGCGGAUGCUUUGCUUGAUUCAGUCAAAGAUGAGAUCGGCGUCCUCUGCAAGGCCGAGAAACGCUUGGAACGAUUCAUUGAUGUUGUGAACGAAGCUAUGAGUAUAAACGAUAUACGGGAAUGUUAUGAGGUAAAUCUACUCCACCAGGGAAAGUUUCGAAAAAUGUUCGAAAUGGACAUUUACGACUGGGACCGGAGGCGACGCUACCCUGGGAAGAUAUUCUUCUUCGAAAAGUGUAUCAUCUACACCGAAAAAUUCAAGGAUUAUCUCGAGUACAGAGGCCAUUACGUAGAUUCCGAAGUGGGAUUGCAUAACGAGGGCAGAAUGAAGUUGAACGUAUUCGCCCAGAAGAGAGGUAUCCGAGAGGUGGAGUUCUCCGGCAGUGAUAUUAGCAGCGUUCAGAAAAUGGCAACCUAUAUCGAGAAUGUCAUGCAUGGAUUCGCGAUGCAAGAACGCCAACGGAUCAACGAUCUUAGCCGGAAGAGAGACCGAUACGAACAGCGAGUGCCCAGCGUGAUGACAAUCAACCGGGGGAGUUAUGCGAGCAGCAGGAGCGCUUUCUCGAUAACCAGUAAUACUAGUAAUCGUGACAGUUUGGAAUCAACGUCCCAAACAACGUGGUACGUUGAAUUGGACUCGGAAGUGCCCUUCCCAAAUCUAGCAUCUUCGCAAAAGCACUUUUGCCAGAUUUUGGCAGCCAAUCGGAAGCACUAUUUCAACGAACUACCGGAAGAACUAUCAGACAAAAUCUCCCAGUUCAUAAAUGUUUAUGAUCAACUUUUGGAAAUUCAUACAAAACGAGUCCUGGAGGAUUUUAUGCAAUCCGAUCUGGGCAUAGACGAAAUAUGUGAGCUGUUCAUAGAAUAUUUCAAGGUAGACCUAUUCGAACCUUACAACACCUAUCUGAGGUAUUUUAAGAAAGCUGCUGGAAUCAUGAAGAACAUCCACAAAGCAUCGCGAUCCUCGCUGAGUACCACAAUGGUGGCACAGUCUGCAGAGGAUUUCACUUUUCUACUGAUUGAUAUUUGGAACAAAUACCAGAACUUUGUUCAAUCUAGAAUCGUCCAGAUGUCCGAGGAAAUGAAUGGAAACGUCGAUGAAGUCGAUAAAGAUCUCUUUCGUAAGCUUGCUUUCGUAGAGGUUCAAAUCAAUACAUUCCGUACAACGUUGCUUCAGAACUAUCGACUAUACAACUUAGACGAAGGAAUAUCAGUAUCUAGCCACGGAUUAGUGGUCUAUUCGGAAAGAAUCCGGUAUGGAAACGAAACAAUCAGCAAUCACAGAAUUCUGUUAUGUGAGAAGGCAGCAAUCUGCGUUAGAGUACAACUGGUUAAAGAAAUCGAACGAAAGGUGGAAAAAUACAACCGAAUUGUGUUCGUUGAGAAGUUUAAACCAGGAAUUCCAGCGGCUGGACUGAGUAGGAAAUCCGAAAUGAGGCUCAAUUUUGAGAUCAACGGUCGGAAGCACCCAGUCGAUUUCGCCCAUAAAGCAGGUAGGGAUAAAUUCUUGGGGAAUUAUCGCAUGAUGUUCGAGAGGCAGUCAAAAUUAGUUUGAAAAAGUAUUGUAAAUUUUAUUAAAAUUGAUGCUUAGAAAGUGUGAAUUUUGGUUAACGAGUUGAUGGUACAAUAAAUAACAUCGCAUGCAA